AGCGUACGAUCCGAAAGAAGAUCUCUCGGUAUGUAAAUAGAAAAAGAAUAUUUACUAUACGACGAACGAUUAUAUUAUAGGAAAUUCGAAGCAAGUGUUACCUUGAUCGAAAGAUCAAUAUUCCAGAAAGCCGAUUUAUCGAUAAGUUCGAAAGAAUCUCGUCGCAAUACGAGAUCGUGACAAAAACAGUAUAUACUAAUCUUUUAUUAUAUGAAUUCAAUUGUAAUAUUCAUUACAAUUCGAUUAUUCUAGUCUUCUUUUAUUUUAUUAAGCAAUUUAAUUAUUUGGAUAGAGAGACGAAGCUCGAUCUCGUUCACGUACGUAUAUAACCAUCAGAUAUAUUGAAGAAAGAAAAAAAUAAUAUAUACAGUCAGCAAAAUAGAUUUACAAUCCAUAUCUUAUUACAGUUUACAAAUUGAAGAACAUAUAUGUUAUUUGUAAUAUGAAAAAAAAAUAUUGAUCGAUAAAGCAAAUUAAUGCUUUUCAAUAAAAAUAUUCAUACACACACACACACACACACACACAUACAUGUUCAAAUGAAAGGUAGAUAGUUAUAUACAUGCAUAUAUACAUAUACAUAUAUGGAUAUAUAUAUAUAUAUAAAUAUACGUGCGUAAAUAUAAUAUGUGUUAUAUAAAUAAAAGUGUGAAAUUGUAAGUGGAAAGGUGGGAUUAAGAAGGGAGAACUAAAUACGUGACCUCGAAAUGAGUCGUUCAUAAAAAUAUAAACAGUGGGAAGGAUCGACAACGAAAAAUUGGUAGUGGAGCAGCGAGUGUGUUUACGGUGUGCACGAGGGAGUGAGAGAGAAAGGAAAGUACAGGUUCUUCGGAGAGCGAGUGAACGAACGAUAGAAAGAGAUAGACAGUGAGUGAGGGGAAAGAAGUAAGAGAGCGAGAGGGAAGAGAGCAGGUUAGAACCGGCCAGAAGUAAACGUGCACGUGUCGAAAGAUAAUCACGACCACCUUUGUAUCAUCCAUGUGUUCGAUAUUUAUUUCUCAUUCAUUUUCGUCAUUUUUAUCGUUCUCAUUCGUUGGGUUACGUAAAAUUUUGGAGGGAAAACAUCGAACCCGUUUUAACAUCAACGUGUGACAUCAGUUAAAUUUUACGAAGAGAAACAAGUUCGGUGGAAGGAGCGGAGGGGUAAGGAAAGAAGGAAGAAGAAAUUUUUUGCCUCUCGAAGACGAAGGGCCUUCUUUGGACUAUCAUGGCGACUUUUAAGGAUCUUAAAAAUGACUGGACAGCCUUGUGUCAAAAUACCACCGAUUGUUGGACCGAAUCUGAUCUUCAAUUAGCAGCGGAACUUGGCAAGACUUUGUUAGAACGGAAUAAGGAACUCGAGAAUAUAAUCAAAAUUCAUCAGUCCACGAUCGAGGAACAAGCGCAAGAAAUAGAAUAUAUGAAGAAGCAAACUGCCGCAUUGAGGGAAGUCAAUGAUUCGCGUCUUAAGAUUUACGAACAAUUAGAAGUCAGUAUACAAGAUUUGGAGCGUGCCAAUCAUCGUCUGGUCGUCGAGAAUACUGGCGAUAAAAAGCUAAUAAAAAAUCAAAGCUUAACUAUUGAAAAUCUCGAGACACGAUGCGAGGAACUUCAAAAGAAAAUCGACGAUCUUACAUCACAGAGAGAAGUAUUGCUUCGUCAGCAAACAGCAAAUCAAAAUCCUGCCGUCGUUCAAAUGCAAUCAGUUUCUUGGAAAGCAGCGGUAACGCCUGGUGGCAGCAUACGACAGAGCGCUGCCCCGAGCUCACCAAAUGUUUUUCAAGAAACCAAUAACGAUUCUAAUUUACAACAACCUGUAACGACAGCCUCGAACGAAGAAGAACUGACGGAUCUAUUAAUUCAAUUACAAGAAGCUCGUAGUCAAAGAGCUAGAGAACAAAAAAAAGUUGCUGAGCUUGGUCAACAAUUGACAACAUUGUUACAAGAGAAUAGUACUUUGGAAGAGCAAUUAACUUUUUGGCGUAGCAAAGCACAGGACGUGAAGAAUUUGCAAGAUGAAAUAAAUACCCUCGAGGAAGUUAGACGGGGCCAAUUAUGUGGACGUUGCCUUCGUGGAAUGGACACCAGAAAUCAUGAUGAAUUAUCCGUUCUGGAUGGAGAGGAGUACGAUGACAUUAGUAUUGCAGGUUCCCUCAUUAACGAACAAACUGAUCCUGAACCAGUUGUACAGGAAACUUGCAACAACAACAAGACAGGAGUGACGAGCGAGGUAAAUACCAACCCAUACAGAGAAUUGGUCGAAAAGUAUCAAGCGUUAUUAGAAGUCCAGAGAUUAUCGGCACCUCGUAGGAAGAACAGUAUUCCAACGAUCGGUGGUUGUAUGUCGCUUCAAGAAGAACUCGAGAUGUCAGGGGAGUACAAUUGUUUCCAGAAUCCAUCAACGGAGAACGAAUUACAACAGGAAGGUGGAAUAAAGUCUGGAAUGAUCGGUAAUAAUGCCGGUGGCGGUAGACGCGUUAAAGGAGAUAAUAUUGGGAAAAAAGCAUUUUCCGCAACACCGACAGAUUUUUCCGAGGCGGAAACAUCGUCUUCCGGUUUCUCGGAUGAAACGAGUAAUAAGGCAACACAAACAGAUGGUAGACCCGGUUCAUUUCUCUGUUCGAUUGCCGACGGCGAGGAUUGCAAGUUUAGCAUUUAUGAUGAUAACAGUCCAUUCGAAAGUAGAUUUAGAAAGACCCCGGAAUAUAGACAAAUUUUUAGCGAGAUCUUUCGUGUAUUGAAGCGAGCUGCCGAGGCAAAGGACGAAGGUGAAAAGUUACCUUUGUUGGAUGAUCAAACGAAUAGCAGUGGCAACGAUAGUGCUCAUUCAGAAAAUCGUAAUGAUAGUACGAAUCUUGGACAAGACGAUGUACCAAGCGAGACAACGGAUGAUAAUCAGAGUAUAAUGUCCUCGGUCAUUUCUUCGGUUGUUUCGGAGCCACCUUAUAAAAUGCAAACGCCCGUAACGUCGAAAGAAUCUACGAAGAAAGAAACUAAUGAUAAAUCUCAAUCUGAUAUUGGUAAGACCGAGAAGACAUUAGAUAAUAGAGCGGCCAAACUCGAUUUCGUUUCCGUAAAUGUACACGUUAAAAAGAAUAGGUCGUCCGCGAAGAAGAAUCCUGCGAAAAAGUUGGCAUUUAACGAACGGCCAAAAACACCGAACAUUGUGCCAACUACGAAUCCUACUUUCGUCCAAGCCAAAUCUAAUAGCGGCGGCGGUAGACGAAGAUUUAGAGCUUUGACUCCGGUCGAACAUGAAGGUACUAACGUUUGGAACAAUAGUUCUCAAUAUAAUCAGUCGAAAACGAGAGAAUCGCCAAACACAGUUAGAAAAUCGCAAACGUUCGUAAAUCGUAACGCAACGGAGCAAAAUAGUCAUUCCUUUGAUUAUAACGAAUAUAAACCUAGCACAGCCUCCGAAGAAGUCGCUAAAUUAAAACGUCUCGAAUUGUCUUAUGCCGAGGUUCUUAGAAUGCCAAACAAGUCCAAAGCGAAUCAUCAUAGAAGUUAAAUUAUUAUAACUCGCCGAAACACACACGCGCGCUCACACGCACACACACACAUACAUACAUAAACAUACACACACACACACACAUAGAAAAAACAAAGAGAGAAAAAAAAGACAAAACAUGAAAUGGUUUAAGAAAGAGAUUUCUUUUUCUAUAUGAAAACCAAGUGAGAUUAUGUUCAAAGGUUCAUUAGGUUUAGAAUAAAGGAGCGUAUUAAAAGAAGAACUUAACUUAUUUCAUAUUCGUGUGAUGGUACAGUAUUGAAGAAAACAAUUUUAAAUUAUAGGUACAUUUUGUAAAUAUAUAUUUCGAUCGAUUAUGUAAUAACUGUGUCGUAUUAGAGAGAAUAGCGGUUAGUAUUAAUUUUUAAGUAUCUUUUGUAUCUAUAUCGCCUAUUUUCAUAAAGUUCGUUUUUACGAGAUCCCGGCACACGUGACAUUUCAAAUAAUUUAUUAAUUAAUUUUUAUCGAAUGAACAUUCCAUCGACCCAGGGGGCAUGAUAAAAGAAGGAAAGAUGGAAAAAGAAAAGACACUUACGCUCGAGUUCCGUUAAAUUUCAAGAAUUAACCCCGUCUCAAAAUGCAUAAGUGCUAAAACAACUAACGUGCCAUUUGUUACAUCAAAUUGUAAUCGUAAAAAUAUUACAAUAUUUCGACAAGUUUUUAGACUUAUGUGAGAUUACCCAUGAGAGAGUUUCUUGUGCAUGAAAGGACUUGCAUGUACGCGCGGUAUGUUAGCUUUUAUAUUUAAAUAAUUAACGGUCUAUGAUAUUAUGAGAUCAUCAACAUUACCGUCAUCGUCAUCGUCAUCAUCAUCAUCAUCAUCAUCGUUGUCAUCAUCGUCAUCGUCGUCGUCUUGUAAGAAUCUAAUAAAUUCUUUGUCGGUGCAAACCUA